UUUCGCUACAAUUUGCAGUUAAUAAACUAAACACCCUUCAUCGUGUAUUGCUCAUAAAAAGAAUUUUAUUUUUUCUUCAAUUUUUCUUUGGGAUUGUAAUAAAGUUUGAUUUUAAAUUAAUAAAAUAAAUAAAAAAAUCAAGCGCAUUAAUAUUUCCAAAAACCUUAACAACGUCACAGAAGGAAAAAUAUUGUCGAGACAACCGGGGGCCUUUGCAAGAAAGCAAAAAGUAUGGCCGAAGCAGUUGUCGGAGAACCAACCUCACCCCCUAGUAGGUUCUACUGUCAUAUGUGUAAUCUAGAAAUCAACAUAUUCAACAAUGAUUACACAUGUCCAUUGUGCGCUGGUGGGUUUAUUGAGGAACUUCCUCCAUUGGCUCCUGUGGGCGGUAGUAGUGCAGGAAGUAUAAGUGACUCUUCGGCGAGUGGGCCAUCAGCAUCUGGUCUAAGUACCGGCGAGAACCAGUCAUCUAACGACCCACCUCGUUCAGAUUCGCCCAAUAGUCGAAUGAAUGAUUUAGUUGCAACUUUAUUAAUGACCCGCGGAAUGCCUCCAUUAACAUUGAAUGGACCGCGGGAGCUAGAAAUAUCGAUUGAUGCUAAUGGUGAUGCAAGCGUUGUCGGCAGUGGCAGCAUUGGGAAUAUUAGUAAUGUCAGUCGUAAUAGACGCGGUGCUGCCGGUAGUGGCAAUUUUUCUGGCCGCCAAAGGCAAACCAAUUUUCAUAGACUUGACAAUGUGUUCUUAGACUUCCUCAGUUCCCUAUCUGGCAGCGAGGAUGGUCCGUUUGGUGGAAAUUCACAAAUGUUUUUCAUGGGCAAUCCCGGUGACUAUGCUUGGGGUCGUGAAGGUAUCGAUACUGUUGUUACUCAACUUUUAAAUCACAUGGAUUCAUCUGGUCCGCCGCCCUUACCAAAAGAAAAAAUUGCCGAAAUUCCAACAGUAGAGAUAAGCGAAACCGAAGUCGAACAAAAACUCAAAUGUUCUGUGUGUUGGGAAGAUUUUAAAUUACAAGAGGCCGUUAGGAAGCUACCCUGUUUGCAUGUAUAUCACGAAAAUUGCAUAGUACCAUGGUUGGAUUUACAUGGUACUUGCCCUAUUUGCCGAAAGUCACUGCAAUUAGAGCCAACCUGCUCUAUGCACAACGGUGCUACCGCAUCAACAUCCGGAGGAUUGCCAGAUAUGGCGAUGCCCAUACCUAUGUUGUCGAUGCCUACCGCAACUGUAUCUGUAACCUUGACCUCACAGCCGGGAUCAUCUACCCCGACGGCUAGAAUAACCAACUCACGUCACGCACCUCAGCCACCAAGGCCAACAUCAGCACCACCAGCAUCAUCAGGAUCAGCACAAGCAGCGCAUACAUCGUCAGCAACAACAGAUCCGGCACAGACACAGCCACAGACAGGUCAAACCACUUCCUCGAAUGUUAUGGCUUUCGAAGACGGCAAUGUAGAAUAUGACUUUGAUUAAAUCAAUUUAAUAUAAAAUAAAAUAAAAUAUUCACAGCUUUUAUAAGUUUAUAUCAGUAUAUAUGCAUGUGUAUAUAUCCUAAUAUAUAUAUGUAUAUGUAUAUAUAUUAUAUAUUUAUUAUAUAACGACAAAGAGUAAUUAUUAUUGCUUAAUGAAGUCUCCUUUUGUUUUAUAAUUGUUUUAACUUUCUAUUUUUUUUUUUGUAAUGUUUUUGUUCUACUUUCAAUCCUUCACAAAUAUAUAAAUAUACAUAAUGAUUCUUUCCAUUUAAAUUAAUUACAAAACACUAAAACUAGAAAAUCAAUUAAAAGGUCUGUUUUGCAUGACGACUUUCGAGUUGUAGCUUUUUAAGUUCGAAAAAUAUCAAAAGCAAAUCUCAAAAGUCAUCCUGUAAUACACAGAAAUGCAGACAAAUUAUGUACUAUCUUAAAUAAAAAAAAUACUAUAUACACGUAUUUAUAUUAAAUUUAAAAUUAAAAAAAAACUGCUAGUUUUUAUUCAGAAUUAACCGACAGAAUUAAAAAAAACAAUUUCAUUUUGUUAUAAAUAUAAUAAACAUACGUUUAAGAAGAAAAACAAAGAAAAAAGUUAAAAUAUUCAUAAAAGCACGAAUGUGUAUUACAAACAAAAAUAAAAAUGUUUUCCUUUUGAAUUAAAUUGAAAAAAAAAAUAAUAAUAACACAAAAAUAUAUACAUACAAAAGCGGUAUCCACGACGAUUCCGAUGUAUAAAAAUUGUCUCUUGUAUCAUUAAUUAUUUUAUCAUGGUGUGAAAAUCUAAUAGGAUUUAAAAAAUACAAGUUCGAAUUAACUAUUAUUGUAUACUACGGCGACUUGUCGUUGUAUGGGGAAUGGUAUUUUUUAUUUUGCAUAUGCCGCUCGGAAUUGUGUUUGGGACUUCCUUAAAAUGUCCUUCGUUUAAACAAAAAAAAAAACAAGUUAACAAAAAGAACAAAGUAGUGAAUGAUGCACAUAAAGGCUUUCAGUUCAAAAAACAAACUUUCUGUGAUAUGAAGUUUCCUUUAGGGCUGCUGUAGUCGUAGUCAUAUGACUUGCCUUUCAACUAUUUUUACAGCAGUACUAGUUUGAAAGGGUUUUGGGAUUUAAGUUGUUCGUAAAUUUAAUUUAAAUGACAAUAAAAUCAACUUUUAGUUCUGUCGUUAAAUUUUGUUUGUAAUGCAAGUUAAUAAUAUUGCUUCAAAAGUAUAGUAAAGACGAUUAAAAGGUUUUAUUUAAAAACCGUGUAAUAUUUUCCUCCUUUAUCCUAAGAAAUGAAAUCGCUUCUCAUCCUGUUUAAAAAGUUAAACCCUUUUUAGAUGAGGGCUGUCAGAAAAGUAAAUAGACUUUCGCUUCAAUUGACAAGCGUGCUAAUAAUUUUCGAAGAUUGGAUUCAUUCCAUUGCGAUUUAUGAGGCGUCAUACUACUAUCAUGUAUGAUUUGGCGACAAGUAACGGAUAUUUAUCGGAUCAAAUGUAAAAUUUUGUAAAAAUCUGCGAUUAUUUUGAUAGUAUGUAUUAUUAACGUCGUCGUUAACCUUUGAAAAGACGAAGUGACCCAAGUUAACAAUAUAUUCACGAGCUCAUUAAAAAAAAUAAAAUUUUUGGAUAUUGGAGAGAUUAGAAUGUAUUUUUUUCUUUUAGGGAUAAAAGUUUCAAGUUUGAGUUUUAAAAAAAAUCCCAUUCCUUAUACAAAAGACAUAAUGCUUACUAACAAUAAGUCGAAUAAAACAAAUCAUUGUAUUCACUUAAAGCAAACUUCUACACUCAAAAUUGAUAUGAUUUGGAUUUAGAUUAAGUUUAAUAGCAUUACUUAUAUAUAAAUUAUAUUUAUUAUUUUAAUAAUAAAACAACAAAAACUAAAAAAAGAAAAAAACAAAUAUAAAAAAGAAAUAACGACACGUAUACAUAUAUUGGCUUUAUUCUAAAAUCAUUAUUUUUUAAUUUGUCGCACCAAUAUUGCAACGAAUUUGUGUGUGAGUGUUUUAUUCUUUUGUAAUAAUAGAUAUAAUAUAACAAACAUACCAAUUUCAAGAAAUAAAGACGAAAAUUAUAUAAAGUCUAUGAAAUGUGAUUAGGUCAGGGGAUCGUUUUUAGCUAAGUUCCAUGAAACUAUUAAAGAAUAUUCUCUCUUAAAAAAA